AUGCGGCGCCGCCGCUACCUGCGGGACCGCGCCGAGGCGGCGGCGGGCGGCGGCGACGGGCUGCAGCGGUCCCGGGACUGGCUCUACGAGUCCUACUACUGCAUGAGCCAGCAGCACCCGCUCAUCGUCUUCCUGCUGCUCAUCGUCAUGGGCGCCUGCCUCGCCCUGCUCGCCGUCUUCUUCGCGCUCCGGCUGGAAGUUGAAGACCAUGUGGCGUUUUUAAUAACAGUUCCAACUGCCCUGGCAAUUUUCUUUGCGAUAUUCGUCCUCGUUUGCAUCGAGUCCGUCUUUAAGAAGCUGCUCCGCCUCUGCUCUUUGGUGAUAUGGAUAUGUCUCUUGGCCAUGGGGUACUUGUUCAUGUGUUUUGGAGGUACCGUCUCUGCCUGGGACCAGGUAUCAUUCUUCCUCUUCAUCAUCUUCGUGGUGUACACCAUGCUACCCUUCAACAUGCGAGAUGCCAUCAUUGCCAGUGUGCUCACCUCCUCCUCCCACACCAUCGUGCUGAGCGUCUGCCUGUCUUCGACACCUGGGGCCAAGGAGCACCUGGUCUGGCAGAUCCUGGCCAACGUGAUCAUUUUCAUCUGCGGGAACCUGGCGGGAGCGUACCAUAAGCACCUCAUGGAACUUGCGCUGCAGCAAACAUAUCAGGACACAUGCAAUUGCAUCAAGUCCCGGAUCAAGCUGGAAUUUGAAAAGCGUCAGCAGGAGCGGCUUCUGCUGUCCCUGCUGCCAGCUCACAUAGCCAUGGAGAUGAAAGCCGAGAUCAUCCAGAGGCUGCAGGGCCCCAAAGCCGGCCAGAUGGAAAACACCAACAACUUUCACAACCUGUAUGUCAAGCGGCACACCAACGUCAGCAUCCUAUACGCUGACAUUGUGGGGUUCACCCGGCUGGCCAGUGACUGCUCCCCAGGAGAACUGGUCCACAUGCUGAAUGAACUCUUUGGAAAGUUCGAUCAAAUUGCAAAGGAGAAUGAAUGCAUGAGAAUAAAGAUUUUAGGAGACUGCUACUACUGUGUGUCCGGGCUGCCUAUCUCUCUCCCUAACCAUGCCAAGAACUGUGUGAAAAUGGGCCUGGAUAUGUGUGAGGCCAUAAAGAAAGUAAGGGAUGCCACUGGAGUUGAUAUCAACAUGCGAGUUGGAGUGCAUUCUGGGAAUGUCCUCUGCGGUGUAAUUGGUCUGCAGAAGUGGCAGUAUGAUGUGUGGUCACAUGACGUUACCUUGGCCAACCACAUGGAAGCUGGAGGUGUCCCUGGACGUGUUCACAUUUCUUCGGUCACCCUGGAACACUUGAAUGGAGCCUAUAAAGUGGAGGAAGGAGAUGGUGACAUCAGGGACCCAUAUUUAAAACAGCACCUGGUGAAAACCUACUUUGUAAUCAACCCCAAGGGAGAACGACGGAGUCCCCAGCACCUCUUCAGACCUCGCCACACCCUCGAUGGAGCCAAGAUGAGGGCCUCCGUCCGCAUGACCCGGUACCUGGAGUCCUGGGGGGCGGCCAAGCCGUUUGCACACCUGCAUCACAGAGACAGCAUGACCACGGAGAAUGGCAAGAUCAGCACCACGGAUGUACCAAUGGGUCAGCAUAAUUUUCAAAAUCGCACCUUAAGAACCAAAUCACAGAAGAAAAGGUUUGAAGAGGAACUAAAUGAAAGGAUGAUUCAAGCCAUUGAUGGAAUUAACGCACAAAAGCAAUGGCUCAAGUCUGAAGAUAUUCAGAGAAUUUCAUUGCUUUUCUACAAUAAAAUACUAGAAAAAGAAUACCGAGCCACUGCACUGCCAGCGUUCAAGUACUACGUGACUUGCGCUUGUCUCAUAUUCUUCUGCAUCUUUAUUGUGCAGAUUCUGGUAUUACCCAAAACGUCCAUUCUCGGGAUUUCCUUUGGAGCUGCAUUUCUCUCGCUUGCCUUUAUCCUUUUCGUCUGCUUUGCUGGACAGCUUUUGCAAUGCAGCAAAAAGGCCUCUGCAUCUCUCCUGUGGCUUUUGAAGUCGUCGGGCAUCAUCGCGAACCGCCCCUGGCCACGGAUCUGCCUCACGGUCAUCACCACGGCCAUCAUACUGACCAUGGCCGUGUUCAACAUGUAUUUCUCAGAAGAGAUCCUAAGUGUUCAUGUCGUGUAUUCCCCGCUCCAGUACUUUAUCUACAGCUGCAUCCUGGGAUUGAUCUCCUGUUCGGUUUUCCUGCGGGUGAAUUAUGAGUUGAAAAUGUUGAUCAUGAUGGCCGCAUUGGUGGGCUACAACACCAUCCUCCUCCACACUCACGCCCGCGUCCUGGAUGACUACAGCCAGGUCUUAUUCGAGAGACCAGGCAUUUGGAAAGACCUAAAGACCAUGGGUUCAGUGUCUCUCUUUAUAUUCUUCAUCACACUGCUUGUUCUGGGUAGACAGAAUGAAUAUUACUGUAGGUUAGACUUCUUAUGGAAGAACAAGUUCAAAAAAGAACGGGAGGAGAUAGAAACCAUGGAGAACCUGAACCGCGUGCUGCUGGAGAACGUGCUUCCUGCGCACGUGGCUGAGCAUUUCCUGGCCAGGAGUCUCAAGAAUGAGGAGUUAUACCACCAGUCCUAUGACUGCGUCUGUGUCAUGUUUGCCUCCAUUCCGGAUUUCAAAGAAUUCUAUACAGAAUCCGAUGUGAACAAGGAGGGCCUGGAAUGCCUUCGGCUCCUGAACGAGAUCAUCGCCGACUUUGAUGAUCUGUUGUCCAAGCCAAAAUUCAGUGGAGUUGAGAAGAUCAAGACCAUUGGCAGCACAUACAUGGCCGCGACGGGUCUGAGCGCAGUGCCCAGCCAAGAGCAUGCCCAGGAGCCCGAGAGGCAGUACAUGCACAUAGGCACCAUGGUGGAGUUCGCCUUUGCCCUGGUGGCGAAACUGGACGCCAUCAACAAGCACUCUUUCAACGACUUCAAGUUACGAGUGGGUAUUAACCAUGGACCUGUAAUAGCUGGUGUAAUUGGAGCUCAGAAGCCACAAUAUGAUAUCUGGGGCAACACCGUAAAUGUGGCCAGUAGGAUGGACAGCACCGGAGUUCUGGACAAAAUACAGGUUACCGAGGAGACGAGCCUCAUUCUACAGACCCUGGGAUACACUUGCACAUGUCGAGGAAUAAUCAACGUGAAAGGAAAGGGGGAACUGAAGACAUACUUUGUAAACACAGAAAUGUCAAGGUCCCUUUCCCAGAGCAACUUGGCUUCCUGAAGAGUCGCCUUCAUUUUGGCAAGAAGACUAUGUUUUCAGGAAGGUACAAUGCACUAUCUGACUGCAACUAUUGUCCCUCAUUUUUGAUGUGCGUGCUCUGUUCUGUCCUCUGGAGCCCUUGCAGACUUGUUCCCAUGACCCGGUGGCAUACCGUUUGGUGUCUGAUGUGUGCCAAGAUCGCCUUGCCACUUGCACUGUGCUUACUCCUAAGCAAAAGGAAAAGGAGUGUGCGCCAUAGGAGAAAAGCAUUCAAAGAACUAACAAAGAUGAUAGAGGUGAAACAAACAAAAAUUCUUAAGGCAAUAAAACUAGGGGGUGUAUAUUAUCUUCCGGUGCAUGUUCUUUUCUGGAAAAUAUGGUAGCUCGCCAGCCGCAUCCGCUAGUCUGAUAUUAAAACACACAGUAUUUGUGAAUAAGUUGAUUCUGUCACCCCACAUGGAAUUUGACUGUGUUCAUUCACGUGUCCAUUGCCAGUGGCUAUCCACGGGCCCGGCUGGGAUCCGUGGCUGUCACCCUGCUCUGUUGUGUCUCCUGCCAGCAGCAGUAGCCAUCCAUCACCAGAAUUAGUUCUCACUACCUAGGAACAGUUUUGUACCAGACGCGUCUGAUGUUUUGAUGCCAUUGUCUUUUGUAAGGUUAAUUCAUUAAAAGUUUUAUGUACUUUG